AAGCCUGACUAAAGAAACACCCCCUUGGGAGGGAACGACAUCCGGUUGCAAGCCUUACAGUUCAUUUCCGCCCUUCACUGCGUCUCUGCUGCGUCAUUUCCGGCAGCCUAGAGUGUCUCCGCCCUUCCCGCCUCCCUUCCUCCGAGCGUCUUAAACACAGGCCUCCGGCCUACAGCACUGGGGGUACUUGGGGGGUGGGGGGGCAGGUCUGAUGAGUAACCCCUCCCCCCAGGUCCCAGAGGGAGAAGCCUCUACUUCUGUCUGCCGGCCCAAGAGUUCCAUGGCCUCCACUUCCCGCCGGCAACGCCGAGAGCGUCGCUUCCGUCGUUACUUGUCUGCAGGACGGCUGGUCCGGGCCCAGGCCCUCCUCCAGCGACACCCAGGCCUUGACGUAGAUGCUGGGCAGCCCCCACCACUGCACCGAGCCUGUGCCCGCCACGAUGCCCCUGCCCUGUGCCUGCUGCUUCGGCUGGGGGCUGACCCUGCCCACCAGGACCGCCAUGGGGACACAGCACUGCACGCUGCUGCCCGCCAGGGCCCUGAUGCCUACACAGACUUCUUCCUACCAUUGCUGAGUCGCUGUCCCUCUGCAAUGGGAAUAAAGAAUAAGGACGGGGAGACCCCUGGGCAAAUUCUGGGUUGGGGACCCCCCUGGGAUUCUGCUGAAGAAGAGGAAGAAGAUGAGGCUUCCAAGGAGCGGGAAUGGAGGCAAAAGCUGCAGGGAGAGCUGGAGGACGAGUGGCAGGAGGUCCUUGGGAGGUUUGAAGAUGACAUGUCCCAUGAGACCCAGGAACCCGAGUCCUUCUCAGCCUGGUCAGACCGCCUGGCCCGGGAGCAUUCCCAGAAGCACCAGCAACAGCAGCAACUGGAAGCAGAGGGAGCCCACAGACCCCAGCGGGCUGAGGGCUCCAGCCACAGUUGGCAACAGCAGGAGGAGGAACAGCGGCUCUUCCGAGAGCGAGCCCGGGCCAAGGAGGAGGAACUGCGUGAGAGCCGAGCCAGGAGGGCCCAGGAGGCUCGUGGGGACCAAGGGCCAGAGCCAGCCAGGGCUGGGCCCAGGGCGGAGCAUACAAGAGGGGCAGGGAGGGGCAGACUCUGGCGCUUUGGCGAUGUACCCUGGCCCUGCCCUGGGGGAGGGGACCCAGAGGCCAUGGCCGCAGCCCUGGUGGCCAGGGGCCCCCCCUUGGAGGAGCAGGGGGCUCUGAGAAGGUACUUGAGGGUCCAGCAGGUCCGAUGGCACCCUGACCGCUUCCUGCAGCGAUUCCGGAGCCAGAUUGAGACCUGGGAGCUGGGCCGUGUGAUGGGAGCUGUGACAGCCCUUUCCCAGGCCCUGAAUCGCCACGCGGAGGCCCUCAAGUAACCCUAUGGACAGCGCAAGAAAUGGGAGGGUGAAGCCUUGGGUGGGGCAGAAGGAAGGGGAAGGUCUGGGGUGGGGUUGACAAGAAGGAGGCAGAUGCUGCACAGCAGAGUAUACUGCGAGAGAGGAAAAUUUGUAACAAGUAGGGGUGGGGGGAUGGGGGCCACCACCACUGCUCCUUGACUCUGCCAUUUCCUAAUAAGACCUAGUUCCACAUCUCA